AUGGGGAAAUUCUUGUCAAAGAAUUUUGGAAACAAAGAAAUGCUGAUUCUGAUGCUAGGCUUGGAUGCAGCUGGGAAGAUGACAGUAUUGUACAAAUUCAAACUGGGACAGCCUGUCAGUACUAUGCUGACUGUAGGCUUUAAUGUGGAGACAGUGACUUACAGAAAGGUUUGGUUCAACGUCUGGGAUGUAGGUGGUCAGGAUAAAAUCCGACCUCUUUGGAGGCACUAUUACACAGGCACCCAGGGAUUGAUCUUUGUGGUGGACUGCACUGACAGAGGCUGUAUUGAUGAAGCCAGGCAAGAGCUCUACCACAUCAUAAAUGACAGAGAAAUGCGCAAUGCCAUUAUUCUGAUCUUUGCAAACAAGCAAGACCUACCUUAUGCCAUGAAACCCCAUGAGAUCCAGGAGAAACUGGGCCUGGCUAGGAUACGAGAUCACAACUGGUAUGUUCAACACCACUGGAGAUGGACUUUAUGA